AUGGCUGGCAUCCCCGACCGCCCCGCUCCUCCUGCCGCACUCGUCGACGCCCUCCGCACAGUCGGCGUACCGCUCGAAUCGCUCGCAGACGCUUGCAAGGCGUGCGACGCUUGCGAUGAUGAGGCGGACUUGGAGGAUCUCGCUUAUCCCAAGGGAUUCGACGUCGACCUCGACUCGCAGAUGUUGGGCGAGUUGAAGCCCUUAGGGAGGCAGAUCCUCGUCUCGUCAGGCAAGAGCGACUGGAUCCGCGAAGUGACAGACGACACCGACUCGAUCCCUGGACUGGUCAAACUCGCGUACGACGAGGCGACGGCCAAGCCUAGCGCGGGGUUGUUGGGGAAGGUUGGGGGCAAGUUGUUCAAGAGCGGAAAGGGCGAGGAAGCGGAGGAGAAGGGAGGGUUGCCGGGCGUGCAUCCUUCAAAGGCGGUUGCGGGCGCAGAUGUCGCCGUCUCUUCCCGGCUAUCCAUCCUCUCCUCAUCCUUCAUCUCCAACUCCCACACCCACCACCACGAAUCAGUCAUCGUCCUUCCCGACUACAAAGUCGUGCACGACGUCGAGCCGACUCGAACGGCUGUCGACGAGCUUGUGGAGCGGUAUCUGAGACCUGAAGCUGGGCGGGUGGGGUUGGACGCGUCGCAGUCGGCGCUGAGAAGUUGGCCCCUCCCCUACCAAGCCGUCAUCCUCCUCUGCUCUCACCGGAAACGCGACAAACGAUGCUCCAUCGCCGCUCCCCUCCUCAUCUCCCAAUUCCACACCCACCUCGACAAACACGGUCUGCACGUCGAUGAGCGUGGGGAGGACCUUGCGGAGGGACCGGCUAUUGAGGAGUGGGAGGGGGACGAGGGUGAGAAGCGGAGGAAUAUGGAGGAGAGCUUGAGGGAGAGGAGCGUUGAGGGUGGCAGGGUCGGGUUGUUCAAGGUGUCGCAUAUCGGCGGUCAUCGGUAUGCGGGCAACGUAAUCAUCUACUUCCCGAACGGCUCGUCAAUCUGGUACGGUCGCGCAACACCCGCCGACGUCGCAGCUAUCGUCGACCGCACGAUCAUGCAGGGCAAAGUCAUCCCGGAACUCUUGCGCGGCGGACUCGGACUCGCCGGCAAGACCGGUCCACGCGGCGUGCUGGAAUGGUAG